CAGCAGCAGCUCCAGCCUUGCGGCGUGGCUGGAUCUGCCUGGAGCGCACCACAAAGCCGGCCCUUCGCCUUUUCCUCACCCACGGCUCUCGAGCGCUCGACUACGCGGCCAACUUCGCCUGGCGGGGCUGGGGCGGCUGGCGGGGAAGGAAGGCGGCGGCGGCGGCGGCGGCAGUGGCGGCGGCAGAAGGAACGCCGGGGCUGCCCGUUCGCGUGGCCCGCGCACUCACCCUCGGCCCCCGCGCGCCGGGUCUCGGGUGGGGGGGUGGCCGUGCUGACAUUCGGGCCACCAGGAAUUGUCCGGAAAUAAUGCAAAAAGUGUCCCAAGGCUCUUGACCAGUGACCAAAGAUUUGAGAAAGACAACCAAGCUCAUGUUUUCUCCUGAUCAAGAAAAUCAUCCUUCCAAAGCACCAGUAAAAUAUGGAGAACUCAUUGUCCUAGGGUAUAAUGGGUCUCUCCCAAAUGGCGAUAGAGGAAGAAGGAAAAGUAGGUUUGCUUUGUUUAAAAGACCUAAGGCAAAUGGGGUGAAGCCCAGCACUGUGCACAUUGCAUGUACUCCUCAGGCCGCAAAGGCAAUAAGCAACAAGGAUCAACAUAGUAUAUCAUAUACUUUGUCUCGGGCCCAGACAGUUGUGGUUGAAUACACUCAUGACAGCAACACAGAUAUGUUUCAGAUUGGUCGGUCGACUGAAAGCCCUAUUGAUUUCGUAGUAACCGACACAGUUCCUGGAAGUCAAAGUAAUUCUGAUACACAGUCAGUUCAGAGCACUAUAUCAAGAUUUGCCUGUAGAAUCAUAUGUGAACGGAAUCCUCCCUAUACAGCACGGAUUUAUGCUGCAGGAUUUGAUUCAUCAAAAAAUAUCUUUCUUGGGGAGAAAGCUGCCAAGUGGAAGACAUCUGAUGGGCAGAUGGAUGGCUUGACCACUAAUGGUGUUCUUGUGAUGCAUCCACGCAAUGGGUUCACCGAAGACUCCAAGCCUGGAAUAUGGAGAGAAAUAUCAGUGUGUGGAAAUGUAUUUAGCCUGCGUGAAACCCGGUCAGCUCAGCAGAGAGGAAAAAUGGUGGAAAUGGAAACCAAUCAGUUACAAGAUGGCUCACUUAUUGAUCUCUGUGGUGCAACAUUGCUGUGGCGUACUGCAGAAGGCCUUUCCCACACCCCAACUGUGAAGCAUUUAGAAGCUUUAAGACAGGAAAUCAAUGCAGCAAGACCUCAGUGCCCUGUAGGGUUCAACACACUAGCCUUUCCUAGUAUGAAGAGGAAAGAUGUUGUAGAUGAAAAACAACCAUGGGUCUAUCUAAACUGCGGCCAUGUACAUGGCUAUCAUAACUGGGGAAACAAAGAAGAACGUGAUGGAAAAGAUCGUGAAUGUCCUAUGUGUAGGUCUGUUGGUCCCUAUGUCCCUCUGUGGCUUGGAUGUGAAGCUGGAUUUUAUGUGGACGCCGGCCCUCCAACCCAUGCGUUUAGCCCCUGUGGGCAUGUGUGUUCAGAAAAGACAACGGCCUAUUGGUCCCAGAUCCCACUUCCUCAUGGUACUCACACUUUUCAUGCAGCCUGUCCCUUUUGUGCACAUCAGUUGGCUGGUGAACAAGGCUACAUCAGACUUAUUUUCCAAGGACCUCUAGACUAACAGUUGUCCUCCAGGACUACAUUAUAAAUUUAUAAGCUAAGUGAGUUGGGUUUUUCAACCUGUUGUCCACUUCAGUUCCUCUGCUCUGGUCAUUUGCAUUAAGAUGAAGAAUUUUUUUAAACAUUUAUAAUAAAUAGUAGCAAUUUCUGAGCAAAAAUCUGGGAAACUCAAGCAAAGGGAUUUUUGAAAGUACCAGACUUCUGAAUUCUGAGUUUUGAAAAUAUAUUUUGAGGAAAAAAGACAUAGUCUAAUUUGAUGCCUUCAUUUUAGUGUUUUGAAUCACCCAUCCUCAGUGUUGAGAAAUUGUUUUGUAUAACUGAGGGUACUGUUGGUUCAAACUAUGUUAGUUUACAGUUUGUUGCAAACAUUGUAAAAUAUAGCAACAUGUAUAUUAACUUUUUUCUAUUUAUCUUUAUGAUAGAAAGUAUAUUAGAAUGUUCUUGGUAGAGUAGCAUGGUAAUGAUGGUGUCACACUCUCAGUGUGAAUGGUAGUGUAGUGAGCACAUAGCUCAAGGAUUUGCAAAGCUAAGGACAAGAGAACCUCUCUCCUCACCCUGUUAAAUAUGGAAUUUGGUGAAUUAAAAUACUUUGUAAUACCGAAUUCAUAUUAAUUACCAUUGUCUAAGAGGUAUUUGUUUUUAACCACAAUGAAGUUAAUCAGGAAGAUUUUUUUCCUUAAUGUUUCUCUCAAGUGUAGUACUAUAACAAAAACUUAAUGCUAAAAACAUUUUAUAUACUCCUUUGAAUAUGCAAUCUAAUCUAGAUUAUCUAUUUUUCUCCCAUGAUGACUAAUCUGUUUUUAGUAUCAGCAACAUUUGGCAAGUUUAUUUUUUGGAUAUAAACUAUGGUUCUCAUCUGUUCACUGUUUCUAGAAAAAAAAAAACAUUUCUAUGGUAAAAAAGCAUCAAAUAAGAAAAGAUAGUGAAUAUUUGUUUUUAGAAACAGAAAUGCUUAGUUAAUUCUAUAUUUGGCUUUAUCCAGGCAUUAGAAAAUAUAGAGACAUAAAGGGUUGGAUGACAAUAGAGCCAUCCCUCCCCCCAUUAAAGCAGACCAGCCUUAACUGUGGAAUUGAAUCCUAAGGAAAGUUUCUGUGGUAUGAUUUAAAUGAGUGCGUAGUGCUUGGUUGUCAGAUGAGCAUCAGUGACAGCAAAGGGAAGGAACAAACUUGCAAGGUCUGUUUAUUCUUGAACCCCAGGAUAUCCUUUGCUUUCAGAAGCAAGAAAAUGUUUCUGUUCCUCUCCAACCUUUUUUAAAAUGCUCCACAAGAAGAGACAGUUGCACUACAUCAAACCCUUUCGAUACUUGUAGAAAUCAGUACACUUUUAGAUUAGACAAAUCAUUUUUAGUUUUAGUCUUUUGAUUUCCUUUAGUUUGAAAAACUGUAUCAUACUUGAUUGACUAUAGCAAAAUUUUGUAUGGUAGCAUAACUUUAUUCUAUUACAUCACUUUUUUUUCUUUCUUUAAAAAAAAAUUGUUGCUUAGAAGCCAUGAACUAUUUUAUUUUACUGUGUCAAAAUUCCUUGUUUGAAAAAAAUGAUCAUUUGGGUUCACUCAGGAAAUGCAUGUCAGGAAACUUGUAUUAUAAGUUUAUUAGUUGUGAUGUAUCAGUAACUGCUGUUACCCCUUUUCAAAGAAAUAUAAUUGAUUUUGAAGUUUUUUAGAUUGUCACAUGAUUUGUGACUAAUGCAAGGAAAUUAAGUCCUGUGUUGUGUUUGUUCUAGUCAUUUCUAUUCAGGCUAUAUAUUGUAGCUUAAUUUUUAUUUGCAAUUAAUUUAUUCAAACUAAGUAAAUACUUUUCAAAAUAGAUAUUUGAGUCUGCCUCUGUGAGUUCCUUUUUGCAUAACUGAGAAUGGGAAACCAGAAGUAAAAACUACACUUUAAAAUAUGCAUUUAAAUUACACAAGAAGUUUGUACUUAAUGUCACACUUUCAUCUAUCUAGCUUUGGAAAUCAUCUCAUUAAAAAAAGAAGUUGUUAGGAGCUAAAUA